GAUCGAGCAUCUGUGGGAUGUUCUGGACAAACAAGUAUGAUCCAUGGAGGUUCCACCUCACAACUUACAGGACUUAAAGGAUCUUCUGCUAAUUUCUUGGUGCCAGAUACCACAGCACACCUUCAGAGCUCUUUUGGAGUUCAUGUCUGGGUCAGACCUGUUUUGGAGGCACAAGGAGAACCGACACAAUAUUACGCAGGUGGUUUGAAUGUUAUGGCUGAUCGGUGUAUAACGGUGUCAGAAUUGGAAUUGGGACAUUCUUCGUUUUCUUGUUCAGCUAAAUAAGAAGCCAGUGUUGGAGGAUUCGAAAACACCGAAACGUGCAGCCAUUUUUACAGACAAAAUUAUUCGUUCAAGUUACUCAGUGAAACCGUGGCUAGAGGAGGCUUCCAGAGCAAGCAUACACACAUUUCUCCUACACAGGAACCUGCAGAAUAGAAAUCCCUCUUAACUGACGCCUCUUUAUGUCGACACUCCAGCGAUCAUGUCCCUAUUGUUGAUGUCGGGAAAUCAUGUCCUUAUGUCGAAUUCCCGCAUGUAGUGAAACACGGAAUUGCAUUCACAUGGAAGUAUCAUAUAUUUGAUCGCUGAUCAAUCCAACACUUCCCAAAUAGACAACUAUGAUAUUUUAUUAAAUGGCACAUUCUGUUCAAUUUAUUUUGUAUAGUGCUUUUAACAAUGGACAUUGUCUCAAAGCAGCUUUAUAUAGAAACAUAGAAAAAAUGAUAAAGUUUAAAGUUAAGUUACUAUUUAUCUCUAACAUUUAUCCCUAUUGAGCAAGCAUGAGGUGACGGGAGACUCAGAAGGGAACCUCAUCCUCAUCUGGAUGACACUGGACAGUAAAUAAUCAUAAGCUGAAAUCAUCACAGAAAGAGAAGGUUCGUCAGUUCAUGUCCUUCACUCAGGCCGGCGAGAGGACCGCCGUCUACUGCCUCACACAGAAUGACUGGAAACUAGAAGUGGCCACAGACAACUACUUCCAGAACCCAGAUCUCUACUAUAAGGAAUCCAUGAAAACCACAGUGGACCGCAAGAAGCUGGAGCAGCUUUAUAACCGCUACAAAGACCCUCAGGAUGAGAAUAAAAUUGGCAUCGAUGGGAUCCAGCAGUUCUGUGAUGAUCUCACUCUGGAUCCAGCCAGCAUGAGCAUCCUGGUGGUGGCCUGGAAGUUCCGGGCAGCGACGCAGUGCGAAUUCAGCCGGAAAGAGUUCCUGGAUGGAAUGUUGGAGCUGGGCUGUGACAGUCCUGAUAAACUGAAGGCCAUCUUACCCAGGUUAGAACAGGAGCUCAAAGACUCUGGGAAGUUUAAGGAUUUCUAUCAGUUUACUUUCAAUUUUGCCAAGAAUCCCGGCCAGAAAGGCUUAGACUUAGAGAUGGCUGUGGCCUACUGGAACCUGGUUCUGACGGGCCGCUUCAAGUUUCUGGACCUCUGGAACACGUUCCUGCUGGAGCAUCACAAGCGCUCGAUUCCUAAAGACACAUGGAAUCUUCUGUUAGACUUUGGAAACAUGAUUGCAGAUGAUAUGUCCAACUAUGAUGAGGAAGGGGCGUGGCCCGUCCUCAUAGACGACUUUGUGGAGUUUGCUCGGCCAAUCAUUACAUCAGGCAAGCGCAAAAAUUUAUAAUCAUCACCUUCUGCUUAGAGAAGUGACCUCUCUCUCUCUCUCUCUCUCUCUCUCUCUUAGACAUUUUUAUAUAAAAAUUAUUUAAAUAGAAAACAAAGAAAAUACAAGAGACUUUUAAGAUGUGCGUCUGUGCUACCAAACAUGAGAUGAGUGCAGGACGAUGCAGAGCUGAACACACCGCGUCAGGACGAGUCCGAGUGCAUCGUGGGCUUCACCACCAGGGGGUGACAGUGACGUGAGUUGCCUCAGCUUUGAGGCGAUGAGGUCAGAGUUUCCAUUCAGCAGCUUUUGAACCUGACUGGAAACUGAAAAUCACAACAAAGAUGGAAAUGAUGGAUUUUUUUGGAGUCAGAGAAAGUGUGUGUUUUGGCCGUCACUUUUCCCCCAGUAUGAUCACCCUACCUUCUUCAGAAUAUUCCCAUAACAGCAGCUGAUGGAGACAGAUUCAGAAAUUUGGCCCACUUUCACAAAACAUGCAUGGAGACCUACUUCCUUUAACCCUCCAACUUCCAGCAGUCUGCACGUGGAGAGUGUCGCAUUGCAGCAGCAUCUCAAGUGCCAAGGCUGAAACCUGAGAGCGCUGGAAUGCACCAUGAUGAAGAUGACGUUGUGUUGUUUGCAGCUGAUUGACGUUUUAAACCGGAAAUAAACCCAGGAUGCUUUUUCAUGAAGCAGCAUCAUGUACAGGUCCUGAUGUUUUAUUGCGCAUUGUUACAAUCAUGUUUCUCCAACUUGAACGUUCUAAUUUAAGUCUGAUGUCCAGAUGAACUUGCAAUGGUUAAAAGUCCAUGAUUGUGAAGUGAGAAAACAUGCAGCGAUGCUCAGAACACCAGCAGACACGCCAUACCACUGCUCAGUCCCUCCAGGAUUUCACACAGAGUUGUGGCCAAAAGUGCCUGAUUUUUGGCUUUUUUCCCCAAAAUUUGUGAUGCAAAUUGUGAUUUUUUUGUGGAAAACUGCUUGAAAUGUCAAUCACAGGAUUCUUCUUUUAAACUCCUACAAGUGAAGACACGUGUAAUGACUUUCUAUGAGAGCUGCACUCAUGUUCCACACACAUGAAUGGAGGAGAGCUUUGACUGAAUGCAUGUUGUGAUGAAGUCACAUGACUCGUCUCGGCCCAAAUCUGAGGAAAAAUCGGAGGUAAUUUUGACAAAUUGUAAACUCUGUGAUCGCAAAAUCAGGAAAUCCUGAAGGGACUGAUGAGAUUUUUACUGUGGUACAUACAGACGUGUUGUUGUGGAAAACAUACAGAAAUAUUGUUACAUACAGUUUAAUCACGUGGCCAGAAAGUAUUUAAAUGAAUUUAACAUUUGUAAUGGACGGAUUUUCAGAUCUGAGAUGCAGUAUUGGGGUUUAGGUUUAUUUUAAAUUGUUGGCUUCCAGUUCAGAUUUUUAUUAAACAGCAGUUGUAAUUCUUUUAUUCAGAAUAUAUGCACAUAUCAAGGUGUGUAACAUCCAAAUGCAGAAAAUGUGAUGGAGUAGAUCAUGUAGAAAGAUCAUUGAUUUCUUUUAAAGAUUUAAAAACACUAACCUAGAGUUCGAGUGGAUUUUCAGUUCAUCCUGUUACGUUUUUUUUUGUGCACACGCUAAAGUCUAUGUUUUUGAUUGUUCCUUUUGAUUUUCUUUAUUAUUUUAUAUUUCUUCCAGACUUCUGGACAAGGUGCUACAGUGUUCUGGUUUGCCUCACUGUGUUUGUUACAGAUUGCCAUUUUUGUCCGGUUUAAUGUCACUUUUAUUUGUGUGAGGAAGGCAGCGUUAUCCUCACCUGGUACACUUUGCAGAGUGUUUGGAGUUUUGAGUCCCAGGUAGUCGAGUUCAGCUCGUCAAAUCAGUAUUAUUGCAUUUGUAAAUAAAGUUUAUUUAAGGAGAAAAAAAAACAAAUGGUGAAUCUCCAUCGUCAAAUGGAAACCUGUUUGUUUGACAGUGGAGUAAAGAGGAUGUUAAAUAAAGCAUGUUUUUAAGAAAAAUGUCAGAGUAAUAUUUCUUUUUU